AUGUUUACGCCCAAGCAAGGGGCUAUCGGUGGCAGGUCGCGGACCUCCAGACUACGUGUAACGGCCAAUUACUCUUGGCCGUGUCUGCUAGGUCCCAGAGAGACACCGUCGCUUCAGCAGUACAUGCACAAUGUGUUUUUUCCCGUUUCCCAGACAGGGCGUCCUUCACGUCCGGGUGCGCGAGUACUACCGUAUUUGGAUGAUUUCCUAAUCAUGUUUACUUCCGAGGAGCAAGCACGUUUUUGCGCACGCUGGGUGCGUGAGAUGAUCGAGUUUUUGGGUUUGUCAUGUCAUCCCACCAAGUGCCAGUGGGAGCCGUCGCAGUCAGUGUAUCACUUAGGCAUUACUGUCAAUACGGCAGCUGGUGUGUUUGAGGUGACUAAGCAAAAGCUCGCAAAAUUGUGGUGGCUGGCGAUCGGGUUGCGGAUCACGGCAAAGAAAAAUCAGCGUCUGGUGCAGAAGUGCGAGCUGGCUAAGUUUUGUAGUUUUGCACAGAGCAUCAAAUUGGCCCUUACUCCAGCUCUCUUAUUUCUCCGCAAUUGUUACGAUGAUGUGAAGCAACCGGUCUGGCAGUGCGGGUGCAGUCGUAGUGUGGGCGCUUUCGCAUGGCACUCGGUCGGUCAGUGUGGUGGUGCAAUUGCGGGGUCGUGUGCCCCCGAGCCAUUCAAAAAGUGUCAUACUUCAAGCCAACCUUGGAUCCCAACCCGCGGGUUGGGAUCCACACAUUCAAACCGAUAUCCAUCCAAAACCUUGGAUCCGGGUUGGGAUCCACACAUUCAAACCGAUAGCCAUUCAAAAAGUGUCGUACUCAAGCCAAGCUUGGAUCCCAACUCGCGGGUCGAGAUUCACACAUUCAAACCCAUAGCCAUUCAAAAAGUGGCGUACCUGGCCAAUGCCAGGGGUGGCGCCUCAGUCAUAAUGGUGCGCAUGCUGCGCCCCUUAAAGACUAGAUCACCAUCAUACUUAGCCCGUAUGCUCUUGUAA